CGCUUCCUUCGCUACGCGGAAGUGCGACUCAUAUUAUUUCAGGGAGAGGAGACGGGGAUUUGGAGCCAGUGGCAGGUAGUAUCCGGGGCACGUUGGCAGCGAUGGAUGGGCUGAAGUGUGCAGCAGCAGCGAGCGGCAACAAUGCGGCCGCCUCACCUAGAAGUGCCAAUGGAAGGACGAAAGUGGCCAUCAUCACCGGCAUCACUGGGCAGGAUGGCUCAUAUUUGGCAGAGUUUCUGCUGGAAAAAGGCUACGAGGUGCAUGGCAUUGUACGUCGAUCUAGUUCUUUCAACACCGGGCGUAUUGAGCAUUUGUACAAGAAUCCUCACGCACACAUAGAAGGGAAUAUGAUGCUGCACUAUGGGGAUCUCACUGACAGCACGUGCCUUGUAAAGAUCAUCAAUGAAGUGAAGCCCACUGAAAUCUAUAACUUGGGUGCACAGAGUCAUGUUAAGAUCUCCUUUGACCUCGCAGAAUAUACUGCUGAUGUUGAUGGUGUUGGUACUCUGAGACUACUGGAUGCCAUUAAAACCUGUGGCCUUAUAAAUUCUGUGAAGUUCUACCAAGCCUCCACCAGUGAGCUCUUUGGCAAAGUGCAGGAAAUUCCACAGAAGGAGACUACCCCUUUCUAUCCUCGGUCACCAUAUGGGGCAGCCAAGCUUUACGCCUACUGGAUUGUGGUGAACUUCAGGGAGGCUUACAACCUUUUCGCUGUCAAUGGCAUUCUUUUCAAUCAUGAAAGUCCAAGAAGAGGGGCUAAUUUCGUAACUCGGAAAAUUAGUCGGUCAGUGGCUAAGAUUCACCUCAGACAGCUGGAUUGUUUUAGUUUGGGCAAUCUGGAUGCCAAGAGAGAUUGGGGUCAUGCCAAGGACUACAUUGAGGCAAUGUGGUUGAUGAUACAACAGGACGAACCAGAGGAUUAUAUUAUAGCUACUGGUGAAGUGCACAGUGUUCGAGAAUUUGUGGAAAAAGCCUUCAAACACAUUGGCAAGACUAUUGUAUGGGAAGGUCAGGGUAAAAAUGAGGUGGGCAGGUGUAAGGAAACAAACCAAAUUCAUGUAAAGGUGGAUCCCAAGUACUACAGACCUACUGAAGUGGAAUUUCUACAAGGAGAUAGCACCAAAGCCCUGCAGAAAUCUGGGAUGGAGACCAAAAAAGUUUCUUUUGACGAGGGGAUGAAGGGGGAGAAUGACCGUGACUGGUCAACCGGCUACCGGUAG